AUGAUAAUCAAAGAGCUCAUGGCUAUAAUAGAGGGCAUGCCAAUUAUAGGGAUAAUGAGUUAUCUAUUUUUACUGGAAGAUGACUAUCCUAGGGAUAACUUUUCUUUAGAGGAUGAUGAAUAUUAUAGAGAUUAUGACUAUUUACAGAACGACGGUUAUUUAAGAGAUUCUGACUAUAAUGAUGAGGAAGAAUACAUUUAUAAGAUGUAUAAUUUUAAUGAAGAUGAUGAAGUUUACGCGGAUUAUGAAAAUGACCAAGAUGAUGAAAUUUAUUCGGGAGAUGACGAAAAUGAUUAUUUUGAAGAGAGGAAUGGUGUUCCUUCUGAGAAAUAUGAACGUUAUUAUUUAGAUGAAGAGAAUGAACGAUUUUAUUUGGAUGGAGAAGAGGAACAGGAGGAAGAUGAAGAUGAAGAAGAAGAUAAUGAUGAUGAUGAUAGCGAUCGUAAUUCUGAUGUUUCAUCAGAUGAAGGAGAUUAUGAUGUUGUACAAGAGGAAGAAAUGAAUAAUUUAAUUAAUACAAAUCCUAAUUUUAAUUAUACAACGAAUGGUUUAGAAAAUAUUAAUUUUAACCAAGAAUCAACAUUGACUACAAGAAAUUUAAGACAAUCUAAUAAUGUAGAAACAUAUGAAAAUGCACAAUUUAUAGAUAGAUAUAGAAUGGGUCAAAAUUUAGAAUUUUACAGUAUGCCCACUAACGUAUAUGAAAUAAACGCAGGACAAAACAGAAAUAAUAACGGAGGAUUAAAUUUUGCUAAUGAAAGCCCAUCAUAUGCUGACAUAUAUAGAAAUGCUAACUAUGUAGAUAGACAUACGAGCUACUACCGUAGUAAUAGGUAUCAUAGCAGUGGUAUUAAUGGUACUACUAAUUCAUCAACCGCAGGAAUGAAUACUCCUCUUAAGGGUGAAAACGCUAGUAACCCUUUAGAUGAAUCGCGUGAAAAUUCUAGUACCACCGCUAGAAGUACUAAUCCUUUUGAUGAGUCCUAUGAAGAUGAUACAACAACUGAUAGAAAUACAAACCCUUUUUUCGAAUCAUAUGUAGAUGGUACAUCCACCAAUGGAAGUACUAAUCCUUUUGAUGAGUCCUAUGAAGAUGAUACAACAACUGAUAGAAAUACAAACCCUUUGGUCGAAUCAUAUGUAGAUGGUACAUCCACCAAUGGAAGUACUAACCCUUCUGAUGAAUUGAAUGAAGUGAAUACUACCACCGCUAGCAGUACUAACAAUUCUGAUGAAUUGAAUGAAGAGAGUACUACCACCGCUAGCAAUACUAACACUUCUGAUGAAUUGAAUGAAGAGAAGAGUACUACCACCGCUAGCAGUACUAACACUUCUGAUGAAUUGAAUGAAGAGAAUACUACCACCGCUAGCAGUACUAACACUUCUGAUGAACCGCACGAAGAAGGUACGACUAUAAAAAGGUCUACCAACGCAUUUGGUGAAUCGUAUGAAGAUAGCACAACCUCUACUAGCACUACUAGCGCGCACCCUUUUGAUGAAUCAUACGUAGAUGGCACCGCAACUGCUAGCACGACUAACCCUUUUGCUGAAUGGUAUGAAGAUGUAACUGCUAGAAAAAAGUCUACGGACCCAUUUGAUCCGUCGUACGAAGGCAACACAACAACUGCCAGCACAACUAGCACUAUUAGCACGCAUCCUUUUGAUGAAUGGUAUGAUAAUCCUACGACUACACCAAUGUCUAACAACCCAUUUGAGCAAUCAUAUAAAGCUUCCACUAUUACUACGAACCCAUUUGCUGUAUCUAACCAAAAUACAACUGACCCAUUUGCUGUAUAUAACCAAAAUACAACUGACUUAUUUGCUGUAUAUAACCAAAAUACAACUGACCCAUUUGCUGUAUCUAACCAAAAUACAACUGACCCAUUUGCUGUAUCUAACCAAAAUACAACUGACCCAUUUGCCGAAUCCCAUGUAAGUAAUAACCCUUUCGUUAACACCCAUGAAGACGAUCAAAAUAAUAGUAACCCCUCUGAUAAUUUUGAAGAUGCUUUAACUUUAAAUAAUGCGGAAGAAGAUAACAUUACAGAGGGCAUGGUACUACAGGGAGAAAAUUAUGCGCCUGAAUACAAUGAUAUACAGUUUGACGAUAACUCCCAAGGUAGCAUCAAUGAUCAUACAAAUGAGAAAGAAAAACAACAUCUAUAUAAUAGUCUUUCCCAAAGAGUAAACAAUCCAGUUGAACAUGAUGUGGAACAAGUUGAACAACAAGAACAUGAGAAGCAUGAACAUAGUGAACCAACAUGA